CUACAGGCAGACUACAGGCUACAGUACUCCCCUAGCACAGCUCCUUAGGGCUGCCAGCCUGCCACCCAGCUGCUUUCGGCCGGCUAUUUACAGGUGCCUGGGGCACUUAUCAAGUGCCUACCUAAAUGAGCAUGUCGCUGAUGAAGCCGUUGGCAUAGUUAACUGCCUGAGAGCUCCCCAUCGUUCAACGCAAACGCAAUUUCUUCUUCACUCUUGUAGCUUACUUACACAACAGUCAGCUGUUGGUUACUACGCUAAAGUCGCAAUGUAUGCGUUGACUUUGACAGCUGAGUUGAAUGGAGUGACCAACCUGCGGCCAAAGGAUACCGACGCGAGCCCGUUCUGGUAUACCUUUAUGGUACAAUGCACAUCCUGUCGGGAGACGCAUGGCAAUGCAGUCUCAGUCAGUCGAUUUGAGGAGAAUGAGUUGAGCGGUAGUCGAGGCGAGGCCAACUUUGUAUGGAGGUGUAAGAACUGCAAGAGAGAAUCGUCUUGUUCCAUCAAGAUGGCUCCAAAGCCAUACGAACAGACAGAGCCCCCUAAGCAACAGACAGUGAUAGAGUUUGACUGCAGGGGUCUAGAAUUUACGGCUUUCUCGCCCGAGGGUGAGUGGUUGGCAGAUGGUAUUGAUUCUGGAACCAAGUUUGAAGGCAUAGAGUUCCAAGACGGCGAGUGGUUCGAUUAUGAUGAAAAGGCCAACGAUGAGGUUAGCAUCAAGGACCUAAAGUGGGAUAUCAAGAGGGCAUGAUGAGGCGUCUUAAAUUUAUAUCAUGGCAAGGCCUAACUAUACAACAACCAGGCCGAGGGAAGUCUAACGUAGGUAUGAAUGUGUUCUCUUCUUGACAAAUGAGGUCGAUGCCGUUGCACUUCCCCGCCUCACAUUAUGCCCACCAAGGCCAGUGCAUAUUCAGCAUCAGCGAGUUAUCUAAGAACCCAGAAUAUACCCUGUCACUUAGAUAUUUGUCCGGAUGAGUUCGAAGAAGCGACCUCAUGCAUUUGACUGUAGAUUUAAUGAACUAGGACUAUUAUAUCUAAAUUUAAACCGUACGCCUUGGCUCGAAGUCGGCAUAUCAAAGUUAAUACACAAUACAACAACACC